AUCAGUCUUCGUCACCUUCGGUUUCGGCUACAGACAGUCCGGCGGAGUUUGCAAAGGACGGCCAGUCUCCCUCCGCCAUAGAUUUUUGAUCGCGUGGGAGCUUUGUUUGUUCCGAAGGUCCAAUGAAGACGCUUUUGGAUUAUCUCUUUGAUCGAAAUAUCCACCACUGCCAUGUUACCCCGUCGAGGCACUCACCGCAUCGAUUCUUACACUUUUCCAUCCAACUGCAAAAAUUACCCGCGUCGCUGCCUCCGUCAUCAGCUUGUCGCCGAGUCGUAGAAGUCUCCUCCACGAUAACAGCAGCCGUUUCUUUCAUCUAUCAUCACUCUUCAACCUUCUUCUGAAUGGAGGAUCGCAAUCCGCAGUCAACCCCUCAUAAGAGACUGUUGCCCCAAGUAAUCGACUCGGAAGGGCCAUACCGGUUACUUUACUGUUCGAGUAAGAACGACAAAGCCGGGGUACUACAGGAGCUAGAAAAAGGCAUCGAACCCAAUUUCGCAGACUACGAUAAAAGAACGGCCCUUCAUUUAGCAUCUUCCGAAGGUUGCACCGAAGUUGUUGAGUUACUUCUCCGGGAAGGAGCUGAUGUAAACUCCACUGAUCGCUGGGGUCGUACUCCAUUAUCUGAUGCUCGCAGCUUUGGUCAUGUGGAUAUUUGUGAGAUACUGGAGGCUCGGGGAGGAAUAGAUCCGGUUGGAGUUGAUUCACAAAGUCCAUGCUAUGAAAUUGAUCCCAUCGAGGUUGACAUGGAAAGCAGUAUACUUAUAGGAGAGGGAGGAUAUGGUGAGGUGUACCUGGUUAAAUGGCGGGGUACUGCAGUAGCGGCAAAAACUAUUCGUUCCUCCAUUGCAUCGAAUCCAAAGGUUAGGAACACCUUCAUAAGAGAAUUAGCUUUGUGGCAGAAGCUCCGUCACCCUAAUAUUGUGCAGUUCCUUGGUGUUCUAAAGCAGUCUGACCGCUUGAUCUUCCUUACUGAGUACCUUCGUAAUGGAAGUUUAUAUGACAUACUAAGGAAGAAAGGGAGAUUGGAUCCACGGAUAGCAGUUAGUUAUGCACUUGAUAUUGCAAGAGGCAUGAACUAUCUGCAUCGGCAUAAGCCCCCAAUAAUACACAGAGACCUAACUCCAAGCAAUGUGUUACAAGACGAAGCGGGUCACCUUAAGGUUACAGACUUUGGCCUCAGCAAAAUUGGAGAGGAGAGGGAUGAACGUGGUUACAAAAUGACAGGAGGAACAGGCUCAUAUCGUUACAUGGCGCCCGAGGUUUAUCGUCGAGAAACAUAUGGGAAGAGCGUUGAUGUUUUUUCCUUUGCUAUAAUUGUUCACGAGAUGUUUCAAGGGGGGCCAUCAAAUAGGGCAGAGGCUCCCGAACAACUUGCAGAUAGGAGAGCAUAUGAAGAUUCCAGGCCACCACUCUCUUCAUACUUUUACCCUGAUCCAAUCAAGAUGCUUCUUCGAGAAUGCUGGCACAAGAACCAAGAGUGCCGACCUACAUUCGAGGAGAUAAUCCAGAAGCUAGAGAGCAUCCAAGUGGAACUUCAGAAUGGCAAAACCAUGAGAGCAGCGGGCUGCUCUUGUGCCAUCUUAUGAGGCAACUUCCUGGAGCUGCCGUCACUGCUUCCACCUUGACCACCAUCGCAGCAUCAUAAGACUAAAUAAUAUUUACUUUUAAGUCCCAUUUUUCUCUUUUCGUGUUCAUAAUCAAUGUAAUGUUGGUUUAAUCAGAGCAGGUGGGUUUUGAGCACUCUUUCUGCAAUCCACUUAAUGGGCAUUACGUA